AUGUCAGCUCGCGCAAUGACCAGCCUUCAGUCUGUGGCAGCUCAAACAAGGUCUUUGGUAGCUCGGGGAGACUGUAACGCCAUCCAGGUCGUUGACACAGACAAUUGCGCAGGACUGGCGGCUCGAUGUGGUAUCAGUGGCGAGGACUUCCUUAAGUUCAAUCCGAGACCAGAUCUCUGCGUAACGAUUAUUCCCAAGCAGUGGAUUUGUUGCUCCGAAGGCACUAUUCCGGAUAUGCGACCAAAAUCCCAAACUGAUGGCACAUGUGCUACACAUACCAUUGCUACAGGCGACGGCUGUUGGGCCAUGGCAGAUAAUUUCGGAAUCACCCAGGAUGAUAUCGAGAAAUUCAACAAAAAAACCUGGGGUUGGGCUGGCUGCAAUCAUCUGCAGCCUGGUCAAGUCAUCUGUCUCAGUGACGGAAACUCCCCUAUGCCUGCACAAAUUGAGGGUGUUAGCUGUGGUCCGCAGAAACCAGGUACCAAUAAGCCCUCUCAGGUAUUUGAUGGGUUCGAUCUAGCUGAGUUAAACCCUUGUCCCCUAAAUGCUUGUUGUUCUGCGUGGGGUUUCUGCGGCGUUACAGCUGAAUUCUGCACAGAUUCCCCAGCUGAUACAGGCGCACCGGGGUCUACACAGCCUGGCACUAAUGGCUGUAUCUCAAACUGUGGCACCGAGAUUGUUGGAAAUGACUCUCCUGGAACAUCGUUUAAUCGUAUAGGCUAUUUCCAAGCCUAUAAUAUUGCUCGUGAUUGCCUCCGCAUGGAUGUUACUGAGAUUGAAGGGGCAUUUAAGGACCUUACCCAUGUGCAUUUCGCAUUUGCUGGCCUUACGGACGACUUUGACGUGCAUAUUGAUGAUAGUAUCCGCGAUCAAUUCAACAAAUUCAAAGAUAUGAAGGCACCUUUCAAGAAAAUAGUAUCAAUUGGCGGAUGGGCUCAAUCGACGGAGCCGGAUACCUAUAAGCGAUAUCGGGACGCUAUGCUCGGGGCGAAUACAGCAAAAUUUGUUCAAAAUAUCGUUAAUUUUAUUAACGAGAAUAAACUUGAUGGUAUUGAUAUUGAUUGGGAAUACCCUGGUGCAUCUGAUCAGGGGAUUCCGGCAUCAGAUCCUAUCGACGCAGACAACUAUCUCAGAUUCCUUGCCUUCCUAAGGCAGGCGCUCCCUCGCGGUGAGAAAUCAAUGUCUAUCGCUCUACCAGCAUCUUAUUGGUACCUUAAAGCCUUCCCCGUCCGCGCGAUGAAUGUCUUUGUCGACUACUUUAUUUACAUGACCUAUGACCUUCACGGUCAAUGGGACUACGGAAAUAAAUUCGCUAACCCUGGGUGUCCAAAUGGAAAUUGCCUUCGCUCACACGUCAAUCGCACAGAAACAUAUAAUUCUCUUGCUAUGAUUACUAAAGCUGGUGUUUUACCCUGGGCUAUAAUGGUUGGUAUCUCGAGUUACGGACGAAGCUUUCGUAUGUCAGACCCAGGGUGCACUAAUCCUAUGUGCACAUUUACUGGUUCUUAUGGAACUUCGGAAGCGGAACCCGGUCAAUGUACUGGCACCCCUGGCUACAUUGCUAAUGCUGAGCUGGAGCAAGUCUUGAAUAAUUCUAAACUAGGCGUGGAGGGCGUCGCGGCCCUUGGUACACAGGGACAAGGGAUGACCGACUGGGUAGCAUACAUGGAUGACGCUACCAAGGCGCACCGCAUUGAAUGGGUGCGCGGUUUGAAUCUUGGGGGAACUACCGAUUGGGCUAUAGAUUUGGCUAGUUGGAAUCGUGGACCAGAUACACCCGGUGGCUGGACAGUCGAGACAGACAAUCUACAAUGUGACUCGGCUACAUGGCCUACCACUCUGGACGACCUAGAGAAAAAUAUCGGUAUGGUGCAGGUGAACUGCCGCGCUCGGGCUGUACUCAACAUUUUGGCUAGAGACCUACAAAUCGCCAUUGCCAAGUACAGAGAGGUCUCAUCUUCAUCUGAUUAUAGUGAUAGGUUCGGUUGGUACGUUGAUUGGGUGAAGGAUUCCAUUGACGCACGUCUGGAGCGCUUCAUGUCUUUCAAAACCGGUGAAGGUCUAAAAUACAUGGAUUGCAAGUGGUCUACAAACAAGGUAAAAGGUCAGGGCCCAUGUACUGAAAUGGAUCUCACUACCGCAGACAACAAAUUCAACCAUAAAGGAACCCGAAUCGUUGAGUACACGAUGCGUGACGAAGCAGGGUUUUAUGAUGCCCUCCAGAAAACAGCAGGUAUCGACAAAGAGUGGGUCCAAUGGGAGGACUACAGGAUAUAUGAUCCCUUUUGCCGUACAUGCCCCCCAAAAGCAGAUGGCUGCCACCCCGACUAUUGUGGAGAUGAUUAUAUUCUUCAUAAGAAUUUUCCACGUCGCCUUCAUGAUAAAGAUAAGAUUGCUGUGGAUAAUCCAAAAGAUACCAUUGAUAAAGCAAUUCCUUAUUUGGAUAAAUUAUCAAUCACUGCACUCGCCACCUUUUUUCAGAUGCAAAUGGGAGUUUUGGAUGCUGAUGCCGCUGAUGUGAUAAUAUCCUUUAGCAUGCCUCUUUUUAUGCUACAGGAUGCAUCUAAGGCUAUUGAGGAAAUCAAAAAAAUUGGCAAGGAAGAGAAGACCAAGAAGACUAAAGAACUUGUUCUUACGGUUCUAUCUAUUGUUUUUGCGGUUAUACCUUUCGCUGGAUUUGUUGGACAGGUGGCUGGUGUCGCCACAAGGUUUGCUGCAAUUGCACUUGUCGUUGGUGAACUCGGUAGCGCCGCUAUAUCCAUUGUUGAGAUCAUCGAUAAUCCAGCAUCGGCGCCUUUUGCUAUCCUUGGUAUUUUGAUUGGUGCUGAAGGAAUUGAGCUCAAAGGCGCGCGCAAAGCCUUCAAGGAUGCCGCGGCCAUCCGCCGUGCGCUUAGUGGCAACUCUCUGAAAUCUUUCUCAGAUGAGUUUGUACGCAAAGAUGCCAUUAUACAAGGGAUUAUCAAGAGCUGCUUCCGGUAA